UUUUAAUUUUAGUCCAUGGGGGUUGGUCAACUUGGUCUGCCUGAGAAGAAUGUUCUUCAACAUGCGAUAUUGGGAUUCAGAGGCGUGACCGUUCAUGCUCCAGUCCUUACCCUUCUCGGUUUGGAGACCAUUGUUUCGGGGAUUCUCGUGAUGACAGAAUAUGUUUUCAACAACCGUGUGCAAAUGGGGGAUGGACAAGCUGGGACAGCUGGUCUGUGUGUAGUGUUACAUGUGGAGGAGGAAUUAUGUCAAGGUCAAGGUCAUGCACAAAUCCAAGACCAUCUAUACUUGGACAUUACUGCAUUGGAGAUCAAAGACAAACAGAACAAUGUGGAAACAAAAUAUGUCAAGAUCAUAUGUCCGCUUUUUCUGUUGAGAGACCAUUCAACUAUAGUAGAAUAAAUGGUACGGACAAACUUACUUUCUCCAAAUCUAUAUUCCAACAGGGACACGACUUUGAUAAGUCAACUGGCACGUUUACGUGCUCAAUUCCCGGAACCUAUCAUUUCUCCGUUACACUUGUAAAAAAAAGAUCUAGUUCAAGAGUAGACCAGGUGGUUUGCAAUCUUUACAAAGGAACAUCAGCUUUGAUAAAUAUACAAGUCGACCCAACCGAUGACGAUAGUGACAAAGGAAGCAGUUCUAUUUCUGAAUCUAUUGUUCUUCAUUUGGACAAAGGAGAUCAGGUGUACCUUUCACACUGUACAAAUCCAACGUCUUCAAUGGAAUAUUGGUCCUCCUUCAACGGAUUUUUACUUUAUCCCACAAACUAAUCG